GGUAAAGAUGGAGAUAACGGAAACGAUGGCAUUCCUGGAGAGGAUGCACAAAAUGAGCAGAUAAUGAUUGAUUUUUGUUUUGAAUGUUUACCGGCCCUUCCGGGCCCUCCUGGUCCUUCUGGCCCUCCAGGCAGUUAUGGAUUACCUGGUAUAAAAGGUCAAGAUGGAUUGAAUGGUCAACCUGGACAGAGAGGGACAAUUGGUGAAAGAGGGCCUCCAGGAUUGAUGGGAAUACCUGGACAGGUAUUUGAUAAUUGUAGUGAAUUAUAA